GGUGUCCUUUGCAAACGUUGUUAACUGGCUACUACAGUAGAGUGUGCAGGAAGAAAGAAAAAACUGAAUGGAAUUGCACAGCCUGACCUCUCCUAUUAUUCCUCGUUCCCAUGAGAAUUACAACUGUUCCUACUGGAGCCUCAAGCAGAAUCACAGGGCUUUUCAUUUCAGGACUUAAUUAUGCACAAUCGUUCGUAAGGUGUUAACAGUACUGAGUUUAGCAGCCAGCAUGUCCUGUGGCAGCGAGACCAUCCAGACACCAGAUUGCAAUGAAAACCUUCAUGGAUCAACAGAAAAGAUAGGAAACAGUCUGUUGCUGGCCAUCGAGGGCUUCAUGAUAAAUCCUGAUGCACAGCAGCCGACAGACUGCGAGCGGGAGAGGGACAAACUGGAGAUGGAGGACGAGUCAUGCAAGGAGAAGAAGAGAGCUGAAGAGGUCCUCGCCACUGUGUCUCUGGCCCCCGCAGAAGCACUGUGGACCACAGAGGCAGGAGGAGCUGUGAAGCUCAGAAUAGAUGACUCCUGCCCACAGAGGCCCAUCACGGUCCACCAGAUGUUCAUGUCUUCGGUACAGAAGUAUGGGAGCCUUUAUGCUCUGGCCACAAAGACGAAGGAUAAAUGGGAAAAGAUUACCUUCUCGGAGUACUACAAGCUCUGUCGGGCAGCAGCAAGGAGCUUCUUAAAGGAUACCUCUGUUCUGGAUGUUGAUGAUGUUGCCAUUCCCUUCAAGUGUCCCCAGCUCUCUGUAGUGUAUACAGCUUUGCAGUGUUGGGUUGUGUCACUGUCCUUUCAGAUCUGGGGCCGCCUGCCUCAUCUGAAAGCUGUUGUACAGUAUGUUGGGCCACUACAGAGGAAACUGCCCAACCUGUAUUUGUGGGAUGAAUUUAUGGAACUGGGAUCAGAAAUCUCUGAGGAGCACCUGGAUGACAUAAUCAGCAACCAGAGACCGAACCAGUGUUGUGUUCUGAUUUACACAUCUGGAACCACAGGCAAGCCCAAAGGAGUAAUGCUCAGUCACGACAAUAUAACAUGGACGGCGCAGCAUGCCAGCAGAGUGGGGGACAUGCAGCCUGCUGAAAAGAAGCAGGAAAUCCUUGUGAGCUACCUCCCUCUGAGCCACAUCGCCGCUCAGAUAUACGACCUUUGGACAGGGAUCCAGGCGGGAGAGCUUGUUUACUUUGCCCAGCCAGACGCUUUAAAGGGAAGUUUAAUCAGCACAUUGAAAGAGGCUUGCCCUACAUCUCACAUGGGCGUCCCGCGAGUGUGGGAGAAGUUGAUGGAAAAGAUCAAAGAGGGGGUCGCUCAGUCCGGGUUUCUGAAAAAGAAAAUGUUAACGUGGGCGAUGUCUGUGACGCUGGAGGCCAACCUGAACUGGGCCAAUAAGAAUGAAGCCAAACCAUUUCUGUUCACUCUCGCAGACAGCUUGAUAUUAGAAAAGGUUCGCGCAGAACUUGGGUUCUCACACUGUCUGAAGUUCUUUUCUGGGGCAGCUCCCAUCACAGGUGAAACCCUGGAAUUCUUCCUGGGGCUAAACAUUUUCCUGUAUGAGGCCUACGGGAUGAGUGAAACCACAGGCCCUCACUUCAUGUCUGGCCCCAGGGUGUACAGGCUGCAGAGCUGUGGGAAGGUGGUCCCAGGCUGCAAAUUCAAGCUGAGAAACAAGGAAGAAGAGGGGAACGGGGAAGUCUGCUUUUGGGGACGAAACGUUUUUAUGGGCUACCUGCACAUGGAGGACAAAACAAAGGAGGCCCUGGAUGAGGACGGCUGGUUGUGUUCAGGGGAUAUAGGAAAGGUAGACAAAGACGGAUUCCUUUACAUCACAGGAAGAAUAAAAGAGUUAUUAAUCACUGCUGGUGGAGAAAAUAUCCCUCCGGUUCCAAUAGAAGACGCUGUGAAAAAAGAACUUCCCAUCAUCAGCAAUGCCAUGCUGAUUGGGGACAAAAGGAAGUUCCUGUCGAUGCUUCUGACUUUAAAGUGUGUCUGUAAUCCUGAGACAACAGAACCUACAGAUGAAUUAAGCCUGGAGGCUGUUGAGUUUUGCCAGCAGGUUGGCAGCCAAGCAACUAAGGUGUCUGAUAUUAUCGGAGGGAGAGAUAAGGCAGUGUACCAAGCCAUUCAAGAAGGAAUAGAAAGGGUCAACAAGAGGGCUACAUCCAAUGCCCAGCGCAUUCAGAAAUGGACAAUCCUCGAAAAGGACUUCUCUAUUCCUGGAGGAGAAUUGGGUCCUACUAUGAAGCUUCGCAGACCAUGCGUUCUGGAGAUGUACAGAAAUGAAAUUGGCAUCUUAUACAAAGAAUGAUUAUACAAAACACAACAGCACUGUUUAUAGGGCUGUUAGACACAACUAAAUUGGUUACAAAAUAUUUGUUCUGUAACAUAUACAGUAGUUAUAAAAUAUUAAUGUUUUGGUCAUAAUCUAUUAUAAUCUGCUUCCUCAGCAUAUUCUUGCUUACUUUACAUUUCAAACUUGUUUCCUAUUAUUUCAUUUCACAUUUCAAACUUAAAUGUCAGCAUAUUAAGAUCAAUAGAUUUCUGUUUCUAGUAAUUCUCGAGAUCCUUUAACUGUUGUUUAUUUCAAGAUGAACUGGCAUUGUGUGGCUAAGUUUAAUUAAAUCAAUAUGUUUUUGCAAGGUC